AGACAACAACAAACGUCAACAAGACAUUAUUUUGUCGAGUGCGCACCCAUAGCCUAUGGAUGAGCUCGAUUUUACGCAGGUCAUUAAAGGCCAGAGAUGUGGCAUCGAUAAUUGUCCGUCGCGAACUUAUUUUCUGGAAAAUGGAUUUUACCUAUGCAAGAAUGGGCAUAGGCGUUCGGUGAGCCAUCGCGCGUGACUCCGACACGUCCCAAUGACUUAAAUCUUCAAGGGAGACCCUAUUGCAGGUGCAGACGAUGAAUCCCAAUCUGCACCCGGACAGGUCACGAGGAAGAAGAGAGAAACGGUAGUUUUGCACGGGCAACGUAGGUUAAGUGAUAGAUAACCAAGCGUGCUGUUGCUAAUAGCCUCCGAAGUGCUCGAGGGUCGCGAAGCCUUUGAACUUUACUUAUUAUGCUAUCAGCUGAUAUUGAGGAAAUGGGCCUGGGUAUUAAUGAAGGACAAGGGCUUCCCGGACAAGCUCGAAGCUAUCAUCCGGGAGCUUUGGCAAUUGCGCCUGACCAAACUCCACGAUCGACUCCCAGACGAUGCUACCGACACGGACGGAGAAUCACAGUUUUACAGCUCACACUCAGAAGAUGACAAGACACCACAGGAAGCCGGUCUUGACGACGCGCGACUCCGGCGGCACGGCAGAAACCCUACCACAACCCCAAGCCUUAUGGACGCCAUUGCCUUAUGCUACAUUGGUCUUGUAUGCUUGAGAGUUCCUGUCACAUUAGGAGAUCUCACCGAAUGGAUCGAGCGUGGGGAGCUCAAAUACUACCGCGCAAUCUCGUUGAUCCCGAAAAACAUGAGAACCCGUCUACCGGCUACACACCGCCGCAUGCUCGAGCCAGAGGAUACACUCAAGCCUGCAUACCUACAGAAAGCAGUUCUUGAUCUCUCCAUUCUGUACGAGAGGGUUCAUGGAGUCACCUUUCCGCCCCUCAACACUCCUCCACUUCUCUUCAGACUGCUGCAAACUCUAGCUCUACCCAUCGAGGUCUAUGCUAUGGUACCUCGCCUUGCACAGCUUGUCGGCUAUACGUUUGACUACUCGAAGGCCGUGAGCACGCGCCGUUACCAGAGAACUGAUAUACCAGAAUUGCAAUUAGCAUCCCUUAUUGUGAUCGCAGUAAAGCUCCUAUGCCCAUUCGAUGAGAUAACUCGCCAUCCGACGCAUUCCUCAGAACCUGCUGGUGCAUUGAUAGAUUGGUCAGUCUGGAUCAAGAGCAUGAGACAGUACCAGCCGCCAGAUGCAACUUCACGCCUUUCUGACGCGGAAUCGUUACUAUUGAAAGAAUCAGACGUUUAUGUAAUGUCCGACCAUGAUCUGGAUUAUUACCUGGAUUGGUAUCAGCGUACGUGGGUCAACGAGACGCUAGACGUUAAGAACAAAGACGCAGACUUUCGCACAGAGUUAUUCAGACCGUUCCCACUGGAUCAAGAAGUCUCUGGGAUUACGGCCAGGUGUGCGAUAUCCUAUAGAUCGCAAGAUCGAGGAUAUUGAAGGCCAUAAGAAGCUGUUCUACUAUGAGACGGCGCAGAAGAUCGGUGUAGCCCUGAAAGACUUGGUAGAAGCGGUCUACAAAACUGAGAAGAAGCUGUCUCGAUGGCAGAAAGAGACGGCACAGUCCAGGACUAAGGAUAAAGCCCUGGAACCAGAUGCAUCAGUUUAACGAUAGAGCCUUUAAAAGAGCUUUCUGACCUUGGUAGGGUCGUGCCUUAUGCUGGCGUAAACAACACGGUAUUGAAUGGGAUACUUUUCGUAUCUUCCCAUGGCUUGAUAGCGAAAUACCUUAUUUGAGCGAGA